AUGUCUACUAACCCUGGACCUAAUGAAUUGUUUUCAACAUUUUACCAAGAAGUUAAGGCUAUUGAGAAGCGGGAUUCAGUUUUAACUCCGAAGCAACAAAUAGAUCGACUUAACCGACCUGGAUCAACUUAUUUUAAUUUGAAUCCAUAUGAUGUUUUACAAGUGGAUCCUGAUGCAUCAAUGGCUGAUAUAAAAAAGAAAUAUAGACAGCUGUCCCUGCUUGUCCAUCCGGAUAAAAACCCAGAUGAUAUUGAAAGAUCUCAGAAAGCCUUCGAAGCUGUAAACAAGGCUUACAAGACUCUGGAUGACCCCGAGACUUCCCGCAAGUGUAAAGAAGUAGUAGAGGAAGCGAAGGAUCUUGUUGAACAGAUGAUGAUUGAAAAACGGAAACGUAUUAAAAAGACGACUGGAUCUAUUACGAUUGAAGAAGAUGACCCUGAAAAACGGCGUCAUGCCAUAUAUGUGCAAACAUGCAAACUGUUCGCUGAUCUUGAGAGAUUAAGGGUGGAAGAAGAGCAAAAACAGUCUUCAGAAAGAAAACGCAAAGCUGAAGAGGAGGAAGAAGGGAGAAAACUCAUGGCUUAUGACAAAGAGUGGAAAAAGAAUUAUGAAGAAAGUCGUAUUAAUCGUGUCGCAAGUUGGCGAGAUUUCAAGGCGAAAAAGUCCAAAACGUCAAAAGGUAUCGGCGGUUUAAAACCACCGAAAACAAAAAUGGAACAAAGACCCGGUUAA